UUAAAAAAAUUGCGCCUAUCAAAACCGUAAUUUUAAUAAUUUUUCUUUGUUUAUAUUUUUUAAGACCUCAUGCGCAUAGGAUUCCGUACACACGCGUCGCUCACAAACGAAUUUCUAGGUUAGAUUUUCAAAAUCGCCAAAAUUCAACAAAUAAACCAGAACAAUGGCAUCGUCAGGUGACAAAUCAAAAAAUCAGAGCGGUGACCAAAAAGAGAAGAAACGUAAAGAGUCGAUUUUAGACCUCUCAAAAUACCUUGAAAAGACAAUUAGAGUUAAAUUUGCGGGCGGUAGAGAAGCUAGUGGUAUCCUUAAAGGCUACGACCCUCUUCUGAACCUCGUCUUAGAUAACACAAUUGAGUAUUUGAGAGAUCCUGAUGACCCUUAUAAACUAACAGAAGACACGCGGGCCUUGGGUUUGGUGGUUUGUAGGGGCACAAGUGUUGUGCUUAUAUGUCCUAUGGACGGCAUGGAGUCCAUACAGAACCCCUUUAUAUCCCAAGACUAAGUUUUGUACCAUAAGAAAUUUUGUUAAUUUGUAAGACGUUUUUCGAAUAAAACCGGCAAAAAGCAGAGAA